CCAAAGUUUGACUGGACCCAAAAUUUAAGAAAAAAGAAAAUACAGAUUUCUGCAAAUUUCUUCCUCAAUUCCCUCUUAAUUCUUUAUCAUUUUUCUAUUUCAUCUCACUUUUUCCCUUAGUUUAUGCCAUUUUUUUCUCCUUCUUCUUCUUCUUCACAUUCCUUACCCUUUUACCUAAACCACUUCUUCUCCUCUCAAACUCACUGCCACUGCAAAAAGUAACCAACUUUCAGUCAGACCAAGUCAUUUCCUUAACUGGGUCCAACUCCACUCUCAAAUUUGUUUUAUUACAUAAAUUCUGUAAGUUUUUUUUUCUUCUUCUGUUCUUUGAUGUUCAUGAGCCGACAAUUCUGCAGCAGUAGCAGCAGAAUCAUAAGUCAUAAGUCAUAACUCAUAAGUCAUAACCCACCACCACCUCGUAUAUCAGCUUUCUCUCUCUAACUAAUUUUCUCUCUCUAGAACUUUAUAACGGAUUUCUGAGAUAAAUUCUUGGACUUACACUCCAACUUGUUUACAACUGCCUAUUACAUCAUUUGUAUAACACCAGAUUUUGAAGCAAGAAAAAUGGCUAGAAUCUUGGAGAAAUGAUACCCAGAUGGAGUUUUGAUUGGUAACAGAUCUAAAACUGAUAUGGAGUAGUAGAGCAGAAGAAAAAGACUCUGGCUUUACUCAUACUCAUAACAAUGGAUGAACCAAGAUGAUGAUGGUAUUAUCAGAAAAGUACAGCAAGAUCAUGGGAACUUUCAGCUUUGGUUAUUACUAUUACAUAUUGUUUCUGCUGCUAAUUACACCAUUACAUGCUAGACAAUUGAGUAGCAGCAGCAAUGAUGAAGUUGUGAGGCUAUUAGCUUUCAAGAAAUCCUCUGUUCAAUCUGAUCCACAUAACUUAUUAGCAAACUGGACUUCAAAUUCAGCUUCUCCAUGUUCUUGGUUUGGUGUCACUUGUUUUGAUAAUCAAGUAACCUCUCUUAAUCUCAGCAACUCUGCCCUAGUUGGUAGUCUCCACCUUCCUGACCUGACUGUUUUGCCAUCUUUAAAGCAUAUUAGUUUAAGAGGCAAUUUGUUCUCUGCUGGUGAUCUUUCUGUAUCUUCUAAUAUUCCUUGUGUUCUUGAGACUGUUGACCUUUCAUCUAACAAUAUCUCUGUCCCUCUUACAGUAAAGUCUUUUAUUUCUUCUUGUAAUCAUCUGACUUUUGUUAAUCUGUCUCAUAAUUCAAUUCCUGGUGGUGUUCUUCAGUUUGGUGGUUCUUUGUUGCAGCUUGAUCUUUCUGUUAAUCUUAUUUCUGAUUCUGCUUUGUUAGUUCAUUCUCUUUCUAGCUGUCAGAAUUUGAAUUACUUCAAUAUUUCUGAUAAUAAGUUGUCAGGAAAACUUGAUGUUACUCCUGUAUCUUGUAAGAAUCUGUCAGUUUUAGACCUUUCUUAUAAUUCUCUAUCUGGGGAUAUACCACUGAACUUUGUUGCAGCUUCUCUCAAGCAUCUGGAUCUCUCCCAUAAUAACUUGUCUGGUAGUUUCUCUAGUAUGGAUUUUGGUGACUGUAAGAACCUGAGUUUUCUUGGAUUUUCGGCGAAUAGGCUUUCUGGAAAUGUUUUUCCUAGUAGUAUGGGCAACUGUCAGGUUUUGGAGACGCUUGAUCUCUCCCGUAAUGAGUUGCAAUUAAAGAUCCCUGGUGCUAUGUUGGGAAGUUUCAGGAAUUUGAGGCAGCUUUCGUUAGCGGGUAAUCAGUUGUUCGGUGAGAUUCCACCCGAGUUAGGACAGGCCUGUGGAACUCUUCAAGAAUUGGAUCUAUCAGGAAACAGACUCACUGGUGGCUUCCCGGUGAGUUUUUUGUCAUGCUCUUAUUCUUUGCAGAGCCUAAACCUUGGGAACAAUCUGCUUUCAGGAGAUUUUCUUACUACUGUUGUCAGUAAGAUGCAGAAUCUGAAAUUUCUGUAUGCACCAUUCAACAACAUAAGUGGUCCUGUCCCUUUGUCUCUGACAAACUGUACUAAGCUUCAAGUGCUGGACCUUAGUUCUAAUCACUUCACAGGGAAUGUUCCUUCUGAGUUCUGCUUGACGUCAAACCCGUCUGCUCUGCAGAAGUUGCUUCUAGCUAACAACUACUUGUCAGGGAAGGUUCCCUCAGAGCUUGGAAGCUGCAAAAACCUAAGGAGAAUUGAUUUUAGCUUCAACAAUCUGGAUGGCCCGAUUCCUACCGAGAUUUGGACCUUGCCGGAUCUUUCUGAUAUGGUUAUGUGGGCCAACAACCUCACCGGAGAAAUUCCAGAAGGCAUUUGUACAAAAGGAGGAAAUCUUGAGACUUUGAUUCUCAACAAUAAUCUCCUCACUGGUAGUCUUCCACAGUCACUUGGCAGUUGCACCAAUAUGAUUUGGAUCUCACUUUCAAGCAACCAGCUUACUGGAGAAAUCCCUCAUAGUAUCGGAAAUCUUGAUAACCUAGCUAUACUUCAAAUGGGUAACAAUUCACUCUCUGGAAAAAUUCCAUCCGCGCUUGGUAAGUGCAGAAGCCUCAUCUGGCUUGAUUUGAACAGCAAUGACCUUUCUGGCUCGCUACCACCUGAGCUUGCAGAUCAAACUGGUUUAAUAGUUCCUGGAAUUGUGUCAGGAAAGCAGUUUGCUUUUGUAAGAAAUGAGGGCGGGACUUCUUGCAGAGGAGCCGGAGGACUUGUUGAAUUUGAGGGGAUUCGACCUGAGAGGCUUGAAAAUUUCCCAAUGGUCCACUCAUGUCCAACAACCAGAAUAUAUUCUGGCAAGACUGUUUACACAUUUACCAGCAAUGGUAGCUUGAUAUACCUUGAUCUCUCUUACAAUUCGAUAUCAGGAACCAUCCCAGAAAAUUUUGGUUUGAUGAACUAUGUGCAGGUUCUGAACUUGGGGCACAACAAGUUAACGGGAAUUAUUCCCGACAGUUUUGGAGGUUUGAAAGCAAUUGGAGUUCUUGAUCUCUCUCACAAUCAUCUCGAAGGAUUUAUCCCGUCGUCAUUAGGGAGUCUCUCAUUUCUAAGUGAUAUGGAUGUGUCGAAUAACAAUCUUUCCGGUAUCAUCCCUUCUGGCGGUCAGCUUACUACUUUUCCAGCAUCGAGAUAUGAAAACAAUUCCGGCCUUUGUGGGGUACCAUUGUCACCUUGUGGGUCAGGGGGCCGUCCCCCGAGCUCUUAUCAUCAUGGAACAAAGCAGUCUAUAGCAGCAGGUAUGGUCAUCGGCAUCACAUUUUUCCUCUUGUGCAUAUCAGGCCUCACAUUAGCAUUAUACCGAGUUAAGAAGUCUCAGCAAAAGGAGGAACAGAGAGAGAAGUAUAUCGAAAGCCUUCCGACUUCAGGAAGCAGCAGCUGGAAACUUUCGGGUGUUCAUCAGCCUCUUAGCAUUAACAUUGCCACAUUUGAGAAACCUCUUCGUAAGCUGACCUUUGCCCAUCUGCUCGAGGCAACCAAUGGUUUUAGUGCUGACAGCUUGAUAGGGUCCGGAGGGUUUGGAGAGGUCUACAAGGCGCAACUAAAAGAUGGAUGCGUUGUUGCAAUUAAGAAACUUAUUCAUGUUACAGGUCAAGGAGACAGAGAAUUUAUGGCGGAAAUGGAAACUAUCGGAAAAAUCAAGCACCGGAAUCUGGUUCCGUUACUGGGCUACUGUAAAGUUGGAGACGAGAGGCUGCUUGUAUACGAGUACAUGAAAUGGGGAAGUCUAGAGUCUGUACUUCAUGGCAGAUCCAAAGGACUUGACUGGGUAGCAAGAAAGAAGAUUGCCAUAGGAUCAGCGAGAGGUCUUGCAUUCCUUCAUCACAGCUGCAUACCGCAUAUUAUCCACCGCGACAUGAAGUCCAGCAAUGUUCUUCUAGAUGAAAAUUUUGAGGCCCGGGUGUCUGAUUUUGGCAUGGCGAGAUUGGUAAAUGCUCUGGACACACAUCUCAGUGUAAGUACACUCGCAGGAACUCCAGGUUAUGUUCCGCCCGAGUAUUAUCAGAGCUUCAGGUGCACAACAAAAGGCGACGUUUACAGCUAUGGUGUCAUACUUCUUGAACUCCUGUCGGGCAAGAAGCCGAUAGACCCAUCUGUGUUUGGUGAUGACAAUAACCUUGUUGGAUGGGCAAAGCAGCUUCAUAGAGAAAAGAGAAACAACGAGAUACUGGAUCCGGAGUUAACAAUGCAGAAAUCUUGUGAUGCUGAAUUGCAUCAGUAUCUGAGAAUCGCUUUUGAAUGCCUCGACGAUAGGCCUUACAAGAGACCGACCAUGGUACAGGUAAUGGCCAUGUUCAAAGAGCUUCAGAUGGACUCCGAAAACGAUAUCCUAGACGGUUUGUCACUUAAAGAUGCAUUUAUUGAUGAAUUCAGAGAGAAAGAAUCUAGUUCAUGAUAAUCAAAUUUUGAUUGGAGUAGCUAGAAGAUUUUGUUUUUCCGGGGGCAACUUGCAUUUGCCUCUGCCACGGAUAGUAUACCGGAUUUUUUCCUUCACAAUGUAAAUAUUAUAGAACACUCAACUAGACAGAACCUUGCAGGAAAUGUGAAGAGAACAAAGCAAUGCACUCUUGCUCAACAAUUGGUAACUUACAUUUUCGCUUUCA